AUGGACUACCUCCUGCGCCGGCAACCUUUCAACGCAAGUGACCCGUACGACUACACUUGGGCAGGCCACGUUUCGAAUCCUGGGAUGCUGGUUCUCAGCAUGACUUUCCUCAAGCUGUUCCUGGAAUUUCUGGUCAUAAUCAAGCGGAUGAGAGAGGAUCGCCUGCUAUAUUUCCGAAGCAACUGGGUUCACUACACAAUCAUCGCCAGCUUGCGAACACUGCUCAUGGCGUUUUCCAUGAUGAUGACGUUGAUAUUCUACCAAUUUUCGUUCGGAGGAUCAGCUGGUGCAAAGGCGCUCGCGGCUAUCUUCUUCCUCCUGUUCCUACUCGGAACCGGCGGACUAGCGACCUAUGCUUGCCACCUGCGACUCAGAUCUGGUCAAUGUGCUGUACGGAAAGACCGCCUUUUGCUCAUGCGCGACAACUGGUUGAAGGUAGUACCAUUGAUCUGCUUUGUUCGGUUGAGCACCUUGAAAGAAGCAGAGCUUCCGGGAAGGCAGAUCGGAUCGUUACCGUUCAUCCGGGUUCUCUACCACGAUGACGAUCUUGGCCGUGCUACUGUGCACGAAGACCAUGCCUACGUCAAGAGAUUCGGCUGGCUGUCAGCUCGUUACCGACGCACAAGAUGGUGGUUCUUCGGAUGCAGCCUCCUAUACCAUCUCGUCCGUUCCGUCUUCAUUGGCGGAGCAGUGGCGUCGCCUGAGGCACAAGUGUAUGGACUACUCAUCUUCGAGAUCAUCGCACUCUUGGUGUUUGCGAAACUUCGCCCUUUCGAAGGCCGACGGAACAUGGCGCUGGCUGUCUGGAUGCUGGGAAUGAGCAAGAUCCUGACCACAGGCCUCUCAGUUGCUUUUCUGCCGACAAUGAGAGCAAACCGCAUUCUUGCUACAGCAAUCGGAAUGGUGAUAAUUCUUUCACAAGGCCUCUUAGUCAUUGGACUCAAGAUAUUGGUGGCUAUUGGGGCCAUGUCUUCAUAUAUGUCGCUGACACGCAACAAAGAUGAAUUCAGGCCCGAAGCGCUCGAGUCCACCAGAUUGCAAUACUUUGAGCACUUGCAGACCACGGCAGCUGACGUUUAUCUUUCCAAAGAGCAAAGGGAGUGGCAGAACAAACUUCAGGAAGCCGAAAAGAACAUACCGCCAAUCCAGCCCUCCUUCUCUGUGAUGUCUGUCAGACGGGUGUCAAAGAUCGAGGACGAGGACGAGAAUGAGGAUAGUUUUGGAGCUCUGGAAGCAUCCCUGGACGGAGCCCUGGCUGCUGACCCGAACCGCCCCAGAAUUCCCGGGGCCGUCAUCAAGUCCCGAGGCAAGGAGGGAGGGGCCGAGUGGGCGGGCCAGGGCCGCGGGAAGACCAGCCGCGACGUUGAUGAUGCCGCGUUGAGCUCCAACCCCACCUACGUGGCAUGUCCGUACCAAGGCGGCUACGGCUAUCAGUCCGGCCUUCCAGAACUAUACGCCGCUAGGUUGGUCGCCUUCCACAGGCGAAAGAUCACCCCAGAGUUGCUGGACCUGACCAUCGACAACAUCACGCCCAACACAAUUAGGAUCAACAAUCAGGGCGAAAAUGAACGGCUUAAGUACCUCCUGGACAGACUCGUCACUCACCUGCACGACUUUGCGCGCGAGACCCGCCUCAGCACCGACGAGUGGAUGACGGCGUUGUUGUUCCUGACAAAGGCCGGCCAGAUUUGCAGUGACGUCCGGCAAGAAUUUAUCCUCCUCUCCGAUAUCCUUGGCCUGUCCCUCCUUAUCGACAGUAUAAAUCACCCCAAGCCGCCCAACGCCACAGAGGGCUCCCUCCUGGGGCCCUUCCACACGCACGACGCGCCGACCCUGCCCAAUGGCGCGCGCAUGGCCAGCGACCCGGAGGGCGAGCCCAUGCUUGCGAUCUGCACCGUCAAAGACACCGAAGGCAAUCCCGUGGCCGGCGUCAAGAUCGACAUCUGGGAGACUGACAGCAGCGGGCACUACGACGUGCAGCACUCGGACCGCGGCGAGCCGAGCGAGCGGUGCAUCCUCGUGAGCGACGAGCAGGGGCGCUUCUGGUUCAAAGGAAUCAAGCCCGUCAGCUACCCCAUCCCACAUGACGGGCCCGUUGGCAAGCUGCUGGUGCUGCUGGGAAGGCACUGUUACAGGCCGGCACAUGUGCAUUUCAUGUUUGAAAAGCCGGGUUGGGAUCACUUUAUCACGGCACUAUACCUCCGCGGCGACCCGUAUGAGAAAUCCGACGCCGUCUUCGGCGUGAAGAAGAGUCUGGUGAUCGAUCUCGACAAGGUGGACAAGAAGACGGCGGAGGAGUAUGACGUGCCGGAGGGAACCUGGUUGCUGAGGAAGGACUUCGUGAUCAUUACCGAGAAGGAGAGCCUGGCACUGAGAGACGAAUUGUCAACAAAGGCGCUCAAGGACCAGGGAUUGAAGAUGAAGCUGGUUGACCAUUUGCCAGUCCCGGAUGUAGACUGA